AUGGCGAUUGAAAACCACAUGGACGAGGAUCAACAGCAGAGGCAGAAACGAGACUUGACGGCGCAGGAUACGUGGCCUCUUUACCGGUACCGAUGGUGGAUACGCGAGUACGUUGCCGAGUUCUUCGGAUCGUUUUUCCUCCUUUCCUUUGGCAUCGGCGUCACCGCAACCACCACGUUUCACGCCGGUAACACAGCCUCUUUUCAGACAAACGUGAGCUACCUCGCAAUCACCUUGGGAUGGGGUUUUGGGCUUGCCAUUGCCCUUUUCAUAACUAUGGGUGUGUCCGGUGGUCACUUGAAUCCGGCUGUAACACUCGCCAACUGCGCCUUUGGCGCCUUUCCUUGGCGUAAAGCGCCAGGCUUUAUGUUAGCCCAGCUUCUCGGUGCCAUCUUGGGUGCGGCCAACGUCUAUGGGCUCUUCAAGCAGCACUUUGACGACGCCGGGGUCAUGUUGCUUCCAAACGAGACGAUGGCCUCUAAGUUCAGCGGUGUCUUUGUCACAUACCCGAACGUAUCGAACGUCUUUGCGGUGUGGAGUGAGAUAUUCAACACGAUGGUGCUCAUGAUGGGCAUUCUCGCCAUCAACGAUAACCGCAUGACACCCGCCGAUGGCUACAAGCCGGUUGCCGUGGGACUGCUGCUUUUCGUCAUUGGUAUCACGACAGGUAUCAACUCUGGAUAUGCUCUCAACCCUACACGCGAUCUCGGACCCCGUAUAUUCACAGCCAUGCUCUGGGGCAAGGAGCCAUUCACCCUGCACGGCUACUACUUCUGGAUACCUAUCGUCGGUCCGAUUGCUGGCGCCCUUCUUGGCAUGUUCUUGUACGUCUUUUGUAUAAUACCGAGCGGUGCGUAG